AUGAAAUCAGACAUUAGUGUUUAGGAAUUAAGACAGAAUCUUUCUGAAGAAAUAUAUGAGAAAUAAGUUUUACUAAUAUACAAUGUCAAGAUAAAGAUAUAUUUUCAGGAAAAAAAGGAACGACUUUCGUGA